GGGAGAGAGAGAGAGAGAGAGAGAAAGAGAGAGAGAGAGAGAGAAAGAGAGAGUGAGACAGAGAGGGAUGACAGGAGAUGUGGUUGUUGCCGCGGCAGCAGAGCAGGACAGAUCUGAGACAGUAAAACAACACUCCUCCUCUUCUUCCUCCUACUUCUUCUUCUUUUUUAUUCUUCUUCUUCUGUCCUCCUGCAUCCGUCCACAGUGGUUUCACCUGGAAAACCUGCCUCCUCUUCCUCCUCGCCUUACUCUUCACCUUCAUCAUCAGCAGCCGCACCAGCACCAGCAGCUGUGGACAACCAUACAUGGACAUGGAGAAAGGAGCGCCUGACGUCUCUUCUACACUCAGAAACAAAGCUGGUGUCUCUCUUUCUCCACCACUAAUGCCCCGGCAACUUCAAUAAGAGGGAGAGACUAAAACACAGAGACAGAUAAAGGGGAAAACAGCAAGCAAGAGCAGAAAGAGAACAAGAGGAAGAGUGAGGCUGCACAACCAUAAUCUCCACAGCUGAGAAACACUUAGAGGGAGGGAGGCAACACAGGCGAUUCUGUCUAUCUUGCAACUUCAGGGACCAUCAUCACAAUUUAAUAAGAAUUUGAAAGGCUGCGGUGCUGCAACAAAUCAGUCUUCACAGGGAAAGAGGGUGGGUGAGAGAGCUAGAGUCAGACAGAGAGAGAGAGCGAGAGAAAGGGAGGAGGCCAGACACAAAUGUUUUAACGCUUCCCUACCUGGAUUCAUAUCUUUCUGCCUUUUCUUGUAAAUCCCCGCAGCAAUAAACCUGUGACGGCAAUAUCAAAGAACCACUUUAUUAUUAUUUUACACAUAAUCUAUUGUGCUAAGACUGCUGAGAUUUCAAGAAAUUAUGUUUUCCUAUCAAGAGAGUUCAUAUUUUCAAGAAGUGCAUCCUGUUUAGAGCAACAGGACUGAGAGGAACUUGUAGAGAAACAGAGAAAUAUUUAAAAAAAGCAGCGUUUACCCUGAGAAGUGUCUCGCAGGCCAGACGGAGAGGAACAGAAAGGACGGCGUCACGAGAAGACCAUCCAAACUGCAACAAAAUAAAAGCACGGGCCUCACGCUUGUUCAUCAGUCUGCUUUCCUGCCCCUUUACAGCUUUUUUUCAUGGCUUGACACCCAACUGCAAUCUGGCCCCUCCCUUCCCCUUUCCUUCCCCCCCAACAUGUCCAACCACCUCGCAUCUCACUGCCCAGACCGCCAAAGGAAAUCAGGGCAGCUGAAGAAGUGAGCAAGGCUUUAACCGAGCCAAUAAACAUUUCAUUAGCUCCAUCCGCUCUUCCCUCCUUCGACGAGGACAAGAACUCUCACACUCUACAGGUGGGCGCUCUGAUACAACAUGGCAGCCGGCGUGGCGACAUGGCUGCCAUUUGCACGGGCGGCGGCAGUUGGUUGGCUGCCGCUGGCCAAAAAGACGAUGCCCAAACCUCCAGUGGACAACUCGUCCAGAUCGGAUGAGAUCCUGUACCUCAACGUCAGCGGGGUCAGGUUCCAGACAUGGAAGAACACCCUGGACCGUUAUCCUGACACUCUGCUGGGCUCCUCUGAGAAAGAGUUUUUCUUCAACGAGGACACAGAGGAAUAUUUCUUUGACAGAGAUCACGAGAUGUUCCGGCACAUUCUGAACUUUUACCGCACAGGGAAGCUCCAUUACCCACGACACGAGUGCAUCCAGGCCUUUGACGAAGAGCUGGCCUUCUACGGCAUCGUGCCGGAGAUCAUUGGAGACUGCUGCAUGGAGGAAUACAGAGACAGGAAAAAAGAGAACCAGGAGCGUCUGGCAGAGGACACAGAGGCCAACGAGUCAAUGGACGCCCCACUUCCUCCUGACAGCACCCCCAGGGAGCGUUUGUGGCGAGCCUUUGAGAACCCUCACACCUCCACCAUGGCGCUUGUCUUCUACUAUGUCACCGGCUUCUUCAUUGCUGUGUCAGUAAUCGCCAACGUGGUGGAGACGGUGCCCUGCCGGCCUCCAGAGGGCAGAGUUAAGGACCUUCCCUGUGGGGAGAAAUAUCAGCUGGCCUUCUUCUGCAUGGACACGGCCUGCGUGCUCAUCUUCACCUUCGAGUACUUGAUGCGCCUGUUCGCCGCGCCCAGUCGUUGCAAGUUCAUGCGCUCUGUGAUGUCUGUGAUUGACGUAGUGGCUAUAAUGCCAUACUACAUUGGCCUGGUGAUGCCCGAGAACGAGGACGUGAGCGGCGCCUUCGUCACCCUCCGGGUUUUCCGCGUCUUCCGAAUCUUCAAGUUCUCACGUCACUCACAGGGUUUGAGGAUUUUGGGAUACACGCUCAAGAGCUGCGCCUCCGAGCUCGGCUUCCUGCUCUUCUCCCUCACCAUGGCCAUCAUCAUCUUCGCCACUGUCAUGUUCUACGCCGAGAAAGGCACCAAAGGCUCCACCUUCACUUCCAUCCCGGCCUCCUUCUGGUACACCAUCGUCACCAUGACGACCCUGGGAUAUGGAGACAUGGUUCCAAACACCAUCGCAGGGAAGAUCUUUGGAUCGAUCUGCUCUCUGAGCGGCGUCCUGGUGAUCGCCCUUCCUGUACCUGUCAUCGUGUCCAACUUCAGCCGGAUCUACCACCAGAACCAGAGAGCGGACAAGAGGAGAGCACAGCAGAAAGUGCGCUUGGCUCGGAUCCGCAUGGCAAAGAAAGGAACAACCAACGCCUUCCUCCAGUACAAAGAAGACCGAGGGCUCGGGGGUCGUGACAGCGAUAGCACAGCUCUGUGUGUGAAGAACAGAUCGGCUUUCGAGCACCAACACCACCACCUGCUGCACUGUCUGGAGAAGACAACGAACCAUGAGUUCACAGAUGAGAUGACCUACAGCGAGCUGUGUAUGACUGAGUCAGUGGGCUUCAGGACCAGUCGCAGCACUUCUCUAUCCAGCCAGCAGGGGGCACAGAACAACCCCACCGGCUGCUGCCCCCGCAGGGCCAGGAGGCGAGCCGCCAUGCGCCUGGCUAACUCCACUGCAUCAGUCAGCCGGGGGAGCGUCCAGGAACUGGACACCCUGCAUAUCAAAACAACCUCCAUACCGCCACAAACUCGUUCCAGUCUGAACGCCCAGGCUGACAACCUAAAGCUGAACUGCGGGGAACAAGAUUUCACUGCUGCAAUCAUCAGCAUUCCCACGCCGCCGGCCAACACACCGGACGAAAGCCUCCCCCCAUCGCCUGCCCCCAUCCCCGGCAUCCUGCGCAACACCCGAGCAACAGCUUUUACCCAUGAAACCGUCAAAAUCUCCUCCUUAUAACCUCCAGCUCCACACAUGACAUCCCUCCUGACACCCCUCCGCCCCACCAGCCACUUUCCCAGUGACCUUCCUUUGAACCUCUGAUCCUGGAUCUGGGGCGCUGCUAGCUGAAAUAUCGGGAAGAAAAUACUCAGAUUGAUUCCUGACUGAUUGCUUUAACUUCCACAUACAUUUCGCUGGUUACAUGGAUUAAACAGUCGUAUAGCUAAAACGGCAGGUGAGAUGGGAAGCAAAAUGUACGACCACAUCCAACGACAACUGAAAAAUAAGAACCUCAAAAAAAAAAAAAAAGCUCAAAUCAAAAGCUACAACUUCAUGAACGAAGCAAAAGACCUUCUUAAACCUUUAGGAUCCACCCUCAUGCAUUUUGUCUCCUUGCACACAUUUGACCCGCCUUGCACAGUUUUGACCUUUUAGAUCUCAUUGCACAAACCCAUGAAGGGUUCAACCUGAAAUAUCAGUGGAAAAGAAGCCAAGACUCCAAAAGUCAUCCCGAACUGGCUGAUGGUUUGGCUGGCUUCGUUUUCCCUCCUUCAGAGGAGGCAUGCUAAAUGACUGCUGACGACAGAAGUUUUAUUUUUCAGUGUAAACUCGACAUGAAUGGACUGAGUGGUUUUAUAAAAACAAGAGAGCAUUGCCUGUUGCUUUGGGAGGGACCAACAACCACCAGAGGAUCAUUUAGAACAGGCUGGUUUAGUUAUUGGUAAAAGAUUUAAUGGAGAUGACCUGUAGACAACCAAAUAACCCUCAGCAGCUUGAAGGGCCAUAGCUAAGACAUUUUGAGGUUUUUAUUUUCUUGUAGGAAACGUGUGCCGGAACUUUUGUUUUCUUUGGCUGGAUUUCUUUUCAUUCCAACGACAGACUACAUGUUGAAGCCUGAAUGGAGCGACAGUGCUGCACAGCUAAGUUCACUUCUGGAUCUCUUUUGCUUGAAACAUGAAGGUUUAAAUUCUAAACAAAAAGCUGAAAGACUCAUCUGCACUCAAAUGGAUUUUUGAAGAGUUUCUGGACGAGCUCUCUGACGGUUCUCGCUGAGCAGCUGAAGGUCUCAUAUUUAGAAAAUCAAGGAAAUCAUGAAGGGGAACUCUUGAUCACUUGACCUUCAAAUAAUUUGGGAAGCUCAGUGAAACCCAACAAUCUUUGUUGAGCAACUCGCAAAACUACACUGGGCAGUCUGCAUCUUUAAGGAGCUGGUCUGAGCAGCACUGGACUCACCUGGUUUUCUGAAUAAACUGUGGAGAGUUAAAUUAAUGGUCCUGGACUGGAUUACUCUGGUCUAGUCUGACUGUAGCUCUGAAGUGUUUGUCAGUGUUGACACUAACGCCCAGACCGGGAUCAAGAGCCUUUUACCUUUCAAAAUAUGCAACAUUACAACAAGCAGGAAAAUAGCAUCAACAAAUGAACAGAAUAAUAUUAAUAACAGUUAUAAUGUGUGUGUUUAAAACUACAGUAAUUAUUGCAGGGAACAAAGUGUAAAGCAACUAAAAAAAUGCAUUUGUUAUGCGAUCUUUCCACUGAGAGAGAACAUAACGAGUAUUCUGCAAUAGAUUUGAAGGGGAAAGGAAACGCCGACACUGAAAGCUCUUUAAGCGCUGAGAGUACGUUCGCCCCGACGACGGACACUUUGGAAGAAAAAGGCUUGUUUUUCACAUCUUUGCUGAAGUGGAAAACAUCCACAUGAGCAAUGAUUCACGCUUGUUUAUAUCAUUAAUCCUCUGUUUCUUUUGUAAUGUCUUCAUGCUUUUAAAGGCUUUAUUACGAGUAACUCAUCCACAAUAUUUAUAGAGCUUAUUUAAUCUUUUGCCAACAUGCUCUUAUAACAUAAGGUAAUGUUAUGAUGCUAAACUAAAGUUCCAACAAAUGAGAAACUUUUAGAAUUUUUAGUUGUUUUAUUUCUUUUAAAUGUAUAAUCCAAUUAAACAAGUCAUGAUGCUUCUUUACAAAUAGUUGUUUCUCUGAGCACGAGGCUGCCAGUGACAUUCAAACGUGUGAACAUCUAUCAGCUGGACAGUAAGUCAGCUAAGUAUGUUACUGUUAAUGGAUCGGGCGAGUCCGUUUUUAAACCAACAAAAUCACUUCAUAACUGUAAAAGAAAUGUUGUUGAUACACCUGGUAAUCAUGUUUACACUUGUAAUGAAACCGCUCUGCGACCAGAUUGACUCCAGACUCCUUUACUUGCAUCUGAAAGCUGACAGAGAGGAAUCUGUGCGAGAGUCUCAGUCUGUUAUCAGCUAAAUCCACAAAAAUCUAAAUCUUGUAUAACUAAAAUAAUGAUCACAACUCUACAAAUGGGAUUUGAAGUUGAACAUUAAUGUUUUUACUUCUUAGUAUGCAGGCGGAAAGAAAUGGUAACUCAAUAUGAGUUUAACUGAGUUCAGUGCACUGAUUUGAGUAAAAUAAAGGCUCUGUUUGCAUCUAUGGAAGCAUGUAGCGUCAGCGCUCACUGGGCGGAGACUCGUGCUCAGAUGUGUUGAAAGUUACCCUUUAAAUAUACGUCAGCACGUGCAUUCAAAACCAUACAUGCUUUUUCAAGAGUGGACGCCGUCGGCCACGUGUGAGCUCAGCUGCGAGCGAUUUGUUGAAGCGUUUCCUUGAACCAUUUAAGAGCAAGUGUGAAUGCGUGACACACAGACAGAAGACAAGAGGUACAUACUGUAACAUAUUUUGUAUCAUAAACUUUCACCCGCAUCUUCCAAUCAAAUCCUCAAAUCUAAAAAAAAAAAAAAGAUAAAAAUAGAGAAAAAGAAAAAAGAGAUGAAAGUCAUCGGGUAUCUGACUGGCGUUCCUUCGUGCAUGAGCCUCGUACAGUAGAAGUAGCACUACUGAUCAUAGGAAUUCAUAAAGCAUAUCAGAGAAAAAAAGAGAAAAAAACACGACAUAGUGGGGAAGAAAAUCUCAUCAUCUGUUCUUUUGCAUGACGACUCUUAUUGUUUUCUCUCCUGCCAGUUGUUGGUUUGUUUUCCUCAUCCCCUCUGUCCCUGAAUCUUUUCAAGACGAGUGUUUGCACCACCGAGCAGUUAGAUUACCGAGAAGCAGAUUAUUAUCAGUGAAUCAUUCAGGCAUGUUCCUCGCCAGAAUGCAAAGUGUGUAUGCGCGAGGUCGGGCGGCUGUUUGUGCGUGUACGUGUGAAUGCGUGUAUGUGUUCGUAUGAUGAGCAGUCACAAAUAUGCAUGGAUACCGUUAUAGGUAUUUUAUCUGUUUUCUCCUGUAGUUUAAUGAGAGAGCGGGGACUGGACGGACGGGCUGGACGGAUCUUUGGCUUGUUUUCUGAAAUACCUUCGCAGUCUCAAUGUUUUCGCUUUAUUCUGUAGCUAUGGCCUCCAGCUGGCAUCCACCCCCCCACUGUCUGUGUCAAAUGACAAUUACACAAAAAAGGCGCAUUGAUGCCCACUCGCUUACUCUUUAAGUCAGUUAUUAUCAAACUUAAAAAUAGGUUGUGUUCAAUUAGCCAGCUGAUACGCUGUGGCCUCUUUGGCCCUCUGACUUUGCUUUUACAUUUCCUUUACCUUACACGUUUCUUUUAAUUAUUAUUACUUUUAAAUUCCAAAACUGUGAAGCAAGUUCAUUUUUUAAGUUGAGUGAGGUACUGUCACUCAUGCAGAUGCUGAUGGGUGGAGCCAUGGCUGGGAAUCAUGGCUUGACUGUAAUUUACUGGGAUCUGCUGUUUAAUGUCAUGUUGCUUUGUUGUCUCUGGAAAUCAGGAAACAUCUAAAUUUAAAUUUGAGCGUCCUGCUUUGGUAAUUUAGUCCUGUCAUAACCUUCAUAGAGAUGUAAUAUAUACGUUUCAGUCAUGGCUUACAACGGGGCAUACGUGUAGUGAUUUAGGGGGUGACGCUGUCCUGGGGACUGGCCUGACCAUGAGAUGUAAUAAUCACGGUUUAAGUGUAGUGAUUACCGCAGUCAUAGAUUUUAUUGUGAUUGGUCGGCAGGUCCAAAUUCAUCCAUUAACCCCCCCCCCCCCCCCCCCCCCCUCCAGUCAGAUGUUCUCUGUAUGUCACAGUUUCAGCACGAGGUUUAAAGAGCAACCUAAUAAUUCCAGUUAUUAAUGAGAAAUGUAAUGAGAUGAAAUUAAAUGUAAUGUAGUAAUGAGAAAAUAACAAUUUUCCUUAAUGCUGUGUUUAGAUUUAUAAGCAACAGGAAUCUCCUGAUGAGGAUCCGGAGUCUUGGGGAAAAAUAUAAACUGUUCUUUCUGACUCUGUCUACUGCUUACACUGUUAUAUGUUUCCAGAAGCCCAAAGGCUACUCAUAGAACCAGAGUUAUGUGUGCAACAGAUUUGAUGAAUGUGUGAAAGACUGUUUCCAGUUAAAACUGGGUGUUAAGUUGCUCUUUAACUUAUUUAUGUUGCUUUGAGAAUGAUGUGGUGGUUCUAAAGCAUUUGAGCACAGGUAAUUCAAUUUAAAUGUCACUUUUUUUUAAAUGUCAGGUGAACCUGACUGAAGCACACUGGUCUGAUCCUGAGGUGACACAAUGGGAGCUUAGAUGAGAUGAUCAGCAGCAUUUCAGACGCCUCAGAGUUAAAGUGUUGAUGUUCAGUCUCAGAGAGAGAGUGAGGAGCGAUGGAUGAAUGACGGAGAAAACAGCAUUAAAGCACAGAGGUGUAUAUUCCAUUCCACUAAUAAAGACAACAGAAAUCAGAAUGUGGUGUGCUGCGUUUGUUCCUCAACAUUUAUCCGUCACUGUUACAAACUGCUCGUGCAAGUCCACCAGUUUGUAACAAACCCCAAACUGUCCAAAAUUCCCCAGAAUCGCUCUUGGCUCAUUAUUUCUGGAUCUAUUUUGUAUCUAACUUGUGAGCUCUAGCAUCAAUGGAUUCAGGGGUAUGCUUGGUAAAACACUGACCUCUAGUGUUGUGUAUACAGAUUACAAGCCACUGUGUUUCCUUUUACCCCUUAUUCUGACAUGGACACUUAGUGCCCUGUACCAAAUUUUGUUACCAGAUAAAAUGGUACAGAAAUCUGCAGGCACAUUUGCAGAUUCACAUAAUAACAAAUAUGUAAGAGGUGCUCCUGCAAAUAUCACAGAAACAGCCAUCAUUUUAAAAGUGAUCUGAUAUAAUCGAGCUCCUGGUUUUCUGAAGUUUCUCUGCUUUUCACUCAUUUUCAGUCGACUCCUGAUAUCUGACCAUUUUCAGAGGAUUAUUUUGUCACUUGUUGAAGCACUGAACACUGACCUAGGAAUCAAGGCACCUAAUUCAAGGGAGUGAUGUUGUGUCUACACAUAGCAUACAUUUUCACUGCUAUGCAGAUGACACCAAACUUCAAGAUUCAAGAUCCUUUAUUUGUCACACAAAUGUCGCAUAAAUAUACAAAUACAACACGCAGUAAAAUGUGUCCCGACACACUCAACUGUGCAAAACAGAGAGAACAUUAUAUACUUUAUCUAUCUUUAUCUAUCUAUCUGUCAACUUUAUCU